CAUUCUCCUCACCACUAGAUAACUGUGUGUCUCGGUGAUCGGUCGUUUCUUAUAACACAACAACAAAUUUAAUAUUUUCCUAUAAGUCUAUCAAAAAUAUUAAACAGAAAAAUUUUAAGUAAUCAACAUCUUUAAGGAUAACCGAUGCCAAGAGAAUCGAAGGAAAAUUAAUAAAUAAUGGCUUCUUCUAGUAGUAAAGAUAGAAAAAUUGCUUUUUCUCGCAUAAGUCAGACUGAUAUAUGUUUGGAAGAACUGCCAGAAACUACUUGGAUAGCACCGAAUGCAGAGAACGACGUUCCACCAGUAGAGACUGUAAGUGGGCAUAAACCAUUUUCGAAAUUCAUUACCACAGCUACCACUACUCAUUGCGAACAGAAGCAACCACUUUUAGAAAGAGGGACACCAGAAAAAAGGAGUCAUAAGAAGUUAAAGGGUGCAAACGAAGAAGAUAGUACAUCAGAAUCGGAAUGUUCCACGCAUCUUUUAGAAACUCCUGACGUUUGCCCAACAAAAAACGAAGAAGAAGAAGAAGAAGAAUCUCAGAAUCAUCAAGCAUCAGUUCUUUCUGGUAAACCGUCCAAGUGUCCAUCUUGUCCAACAGACCUGUUAUUAGCUUGGAAUUGGCCAGCUAUACGUUUAAUAUGUCUCGUUGCUUUUCUGUCAUCCAUGUCUUUAUUGGCUUGCGUGGUGGUAGCCAUGUUGAUGGCAUCCUCGGGUCAUUGCGGUCCACCCAGGCAAUGGUGGCAAGGGACUGUUAUGUAUGAAGUAUUCCCAGCUUCUUUCCAAGACACGGACGGUGACGGUUUUGGUGAUCUAAGGGGGUUAGUUUGGAGACUCGAUUACGUUCGAUCUCUUAACGUUAGCGUACUUCGUCUUAAUUCGAUCUUCAGCGCUCUCGACUAUCCUUUGGAAUACGAACACAUUAUCGAUUUUUCCAACGUGGAUCCUCAUCUGGGUAGAAUGGAAGAUUUUGAUCAUUUCUUAUCCGAACUGAGAUCUAGAGGGAUGAAGUUAGUGUUGGACAUUAAUCCAACUGUCACCAGCGAUCAACAUACUUGGGCUGCACACUGGCUUCUAAACAGACCAGGGCAAUAUGAAAAUUACUACGUUAAUGUGACAGAAAUAUCGGAAGAACCUCCUUACGAUACAGAGGAUAAUGCAGAAGACAUAGAUCGUCUAGUACCUCAUAGGACAUUCGGUAGUCAGCUUUACCUUAAUUGGUCAAACAUAGCAGUCCAACACGAAUUUUUUGAAGUUUUAGAAUUAUGGUUAAAUAAAGGUGUCGAUGGUUUCUACGUCAAGCACUUGGAACGUAUACAUGUGCAUAGCGACGAAGAAUUACUCUUUAUUUUAGAACAAUGGCGAUGGACUUUAGAUCGCUACGGCAACGGAAGUAAUAAACAUAUUCUUAUGACUUCCGAAGGAUUUAUUAGGACAAUGGAAAAGCGUAGUCCUUCUUUAGUGUCGUCUUUCUUGUCAAUAUUUGACCUUUUAGAUGUUCGUCUGAAUGUUAAAGUCAACGGUACACUCGAAGUAGCAGAGCAGGUGUCAAAGAUCGCAUCAUGGACAUCUUCCUCUACUUCUUCCAACCUUCCUUGGAUAACUUGGCACAUCGGAGGAGUGGAAACAUCAAGAUUGGCAACUCGUCUUCACAGAAAAUAUACACUCGGAUCAAUCUUCCUUUUAAUGAUGUUACCGGGAUCUGUUUCGAUAUUUUAUGGAGACGAAAUUGGUCUAGAAGAUUCAUUUGAUAUAUUUUCACAAAAGGUUUUUCGAGGAGGUCAACUUUGCCCUAUGCAGUGGUCAGCAGCAUCACAAGCCAACUUCACAGACGUCGACGCUUUGCCUUGGCUUCCCGUUCAUCCGGCUUACUCUGUAUUCAAUGCAGCAAAUCAAGCGGAAAUCACUAAACUAGCAUCCCGUAUCAUAUCCUUAAGGCAGAGUGCGCCAUCAAUAGCGGAUAGCGGAUCGAAAGGGGGUUAUCGUUUCCAUCAGGCAGACGGUUCUGUUGUAGGCCUGGAAAGAUAUUACCCGAGAAGUGAAAGAUACUAUUUGGCAGCUAAUUUGGGUUACGUCACUGAGAUUCGAGAUCUUUCCAAAGAUCUAUACGAAGCUAAGGUGUUAGUUUCGACUCACAGACUAUCAGGACGAAUGCAGUUCCAUAACGUUCGAUUAGAACCGGGAGAAGCUUUCGUGGCACUUAUCGAUUCGUGAAUGUAAGGUGUGAAGUACAGCGAAACCGUCCUGGGAAUGACUAAUUUUCAAGUAUUGUGCGAGUGUCAGAUUUCUUAACGAAAAUUUAAAUAAUAAAAAAAACAAAAUUAUCGAAAGACAGUUUUUCUAGAACUCGAAAUAGCAAAUCCAAUACAAAAAUAUAAAAGAGGUAGUAAGUCGAACAUUACAGGGUGAAAGACAAAAUUACCAAGAAAUAGUUCCGUCAACCCUCAUCAUCAUCAUCCAUCCAGAUGCGAUCAUUUAUAAAAAAUGACUUCAAAGUCAAAAAUGUGAAAAAUCCUCAUAACUUAAUGUAUCGUUUUGAUGAAUGGAAGAAAUCAGUCUCCAUAGAAUUUAGCUAGGAAUUAUAUAUACAUAUAUAUAUAUUU